UUCAAAAAAAGAAAAAAAGAAAAAAGGAGAGAUGAUUGAGUUGAGUUGAGCCAAUGAAUCUGAUGAACGCGUUUCGCAUUUCCAUGGAAGCUAAUCUUCAUUUCAGAGCUGCCCCCAUCUUCCUGUUCUUCUUGUCGGUGUUGGCCGUCGACCAUUCGUUGGAGGCCGUUUCUGCUUCGAGUUCGAGGUUCAUAAUACAUUCCCCCGGUUCCGGCACCGUGAAGGUUCCGGUGGUUCUCUACUACGAGACCCUUUGCCCCUACUGCGCCAAUUUCAUCGUCAAUGGCCUCAGCAAGGUCUUCGACAACGGACUCACUUCCAUCAUCGAUCUCAAGCUCGUCCCUUAUGGCAACGCCAAGAUUGGCGCUAACGACACCAUCUCUUGCCAGCAUGGCCCGUCGGAGUGCUUGCUCAACACCAUCGAAGCCUGUGUUAUCGAUGCUUGGCCUACAGUGAGCGACCACUUCCCUUUGAUCUAUUGCAUAGAGAAGAUGGUGCAUACACAUGAAUUCACACAGUGGGAGUCCUGCUUCAGUGAAUUGGGUUUGGAUUCAAAACCUGUUUAUGAUUGCUAUACCAGCGGACGAGGGACGAAGCUUGAACUGCAAUAUGCUGCCGAAACUAAUGCACUCCAACCACCUCAUCAAUAUGUUCCAUGGGUUGUAGUGAAUGGAAAACCACUUUACGAAGACUAUGAAAACUUUGAGAGCUACAUAUGUGAGGCUUAUAGCGGCACUAGUGCGCCCAAAGCCUGCAGUGAACUUUCCCAUGAUGCCAUCAAAUCGACGAUCUCAGUAAAGAAGCAUCAAGUCUGCUACAAGGACAACUCCGCAUUCAUUUCCCGAAUGAGAGAGGCUGCUGCAUCGGUGAUGCGUUGGAUCAAUGUGGUUGGUUAAGGGGCAUUUUCCGUAGCCAUGAGAAUAAUAAUCUUCUUCUUCUUCUUCUUCUUCUUCUUCUUCUUCUUCUUCUUUUUUGGGUUGCGCAAGUACUUUUAAGGGAAGCUCUCUGUUCUGCUGUCAACAAGCUUGUUAAUUGUUGUAUCUUCCAAUGUUGAUCAUGUGACAGUGUUCCUGUAUUACCUUUCUAUAGCGGGACUCUCCCAUAAUGGACCUGACCUGAGGAGAGGUGUCUUCUCUUUUCCUACCGUAUCA